UUCAAAGCUAAUAAGAGUAGCUACAUGCUAGGCUAAAAACAAGCUUCUAGACGAUACACUGCCAACGGGGAGAUGUCUAAAACAAACACGCAGCCCUCGUCGUCUUCGGGGGCUACAGCUAUCGCGGGACCUUCCUCCUCCUCUUCAUCUUCGCCUGCGGGGGGCUCGACGUCUCCCGCUAACGUGCUGAACGUACAGCCGGAGAAACCUCAGCAUUACACAUAUCUGAAGGAAUUCAGAACCGAGCAGUGCCCCUUGUUUGUUCAGCACAAAUGUACCCUGCACCGGCCUUUUGCCUGUUUCCACUGGCACUUUCUGAAUCAGCGGCGCCGCAGGCCAAUCCGCAGGCGGGACGGGACCUUCAACUACAGCCCAGAUGUCUAUUGCACCAAAUAUGAUGAAGGAACCGGCACCUGCCCUGAUGGGGAUGAAUGUCCAUUCCUACAUCGGACAGCGGGGGACACAGAGCGAAGAUACCACCUCCGCUACUACAAGACAGGCUCGUGCAUCCACGAAACGGAUGCCAAAGGCCACUGUAGUAAGAAUGGCUCCCACUGCGCCUUUGCUCAUGGAUCACAUGAUCUGCGUAGCCCUGUUUAUGACAUCAGGGAGGUGCAAGUAAUGGAAUCUCAGGGAGGCUCGGGGGCUGCAGAGGGGGGUGCCGGGGGGGAUGGACAGUCAGGACAGGCAGCCAGCACUGCGCUCAUCGAGAAGAUAUUGAGUGAGGAGCCACGCUGGCAAGAUAACACCUAUGUGCUGUCCCACUACAAGACUGAGCUGUGUAAGAAGCCCCCUCGACUGUGUCGCCAAGGUUACGCCUGUCCAUACUACCACAACAGCAAAGACAGGAGGCGAAGUCCGCAUAAGCACAAAUACAGAGCUUUACCGUGUCCAGCGGUGAAACAUAGUGAGGAAUGGGGAGAUCCCAGUAAAUGUGAGGGAGCAGAGGGAUGCCAGUACUGCCACACGCGCACAGAACAGCAGUUUCACCCCGAGAUCUAUAAGUCCACCAAGUGUAAUGACAUGCAGCAGAGUGGCAGCUGUCCCAGAGGACCCUUCUGUGCCUUUGCACAUGUUGAGAAGCCCUUUGUCCCUGAAGAGCCAUCAUUCCCCAACCCAAAUUCCUCUCCUCCCCCCAGACGUUCCGACCCACACACUGGCCACGAGGCCUGCUCGUCUCCCAGCAGGCACCACUCGGGGUCCGGUUCUGCCGGGGACCCCUUUUCCCCUUCUGGGGGUUCAUGUGUGGCAGAACAGGGUCUGCUGGGCAGGGUUGUGUCUCUGUGUGAAAAAGUGGGUGGCGGAGGAGAGCCUCUGUCCUCCUGGUCUAGAGAGGGUGGGUACGGCAGAGCCCCUGGAUCCGAGAGGGAGGAUCAGGCCAAGCAGAAGAAUUUUGCUCUUGAGCAGCGUAGCAGAGAAAUGGCAUCAGCUCACAGCAAACAGGACUUGUUGGUCUUUCUGCCGGUGGGCAGCCCUCUGAGUCUUUCCUCCAGUAUCCCCUCUAGCCUGGCUGCCACACCGCCAAGCCCUGCCUUCACUGGACUGCCUGGACCAGGCAUCUCCUCAGCCAUGAACGCUAACGCCCUGCCUUUUUACCCCACCAGUGAGACUGUGGAGUCUGUUGUAGAGUCAGCCCUGGACGAUCUGGACCUCAACGAUUUUGGUGUGUCUGCCUUGGAGAGGAGCCUGGAGUGCAGCUCAACUCUUCCUAGUGUGGGAGUUAUGCUGGGGGGUAACCAGCUGCAGAGUUCUGCUCCUGUCAAUAUUCCUGGGUCUCUCAGCAGCUCUGCCCCUUUCAGUUCACCAUCACCCUCUCCUCCAAUCAGAGCACAUGCUUCCCCAUUCUUCUCUACCCAUCUCUCACAACCCAGCCAGUCAGAAAGCAGCUUCAUGGGACCAUCUCAUAGCUCUUUAGGUCUCAAUGGUAUGAGCAGCAGUAUCUGGGAGCACUUCCCAUCAGGUCAGGGUUCCCCAGGUACGCCCCCCACCCUAUUGCCCUCUGGACCAAAUCCAGAGGCUGCUAGGCUCAAACAGGAGCUGGAGGACACUCAUAGGACACUGAAGCACUGGGAUCACAGCUGGAGACACACUGCACAGUCUUUGGCAGCACUCAAAGCAGAUGCAGAAGAGUCCCGAGCCCAUGCAGCACGACAAGCUAUGGAGGCAGAAAGAACAAGGCAGGCUGAGAAAGAGGCCCAGAGGCAGGUCUCCCUUCUACAGGAAGCCCUGGAGAGCCUGAGGAGCGGAGACAAUCCCCACCUGGCACUGCACCAACGACAACUAUUGCACCGACUUCCUCUGGAGUCAGUUCUCAGCCUGCAGGCCCAGCUCUGCACCUGCUUACACACCGUUGAACAGCUGGUGUACAGGAAACAGAGACAGUGUUGUGUGACGUGUGGAGAUAAGGGCUCGGUGUCUCUGCCGUGUAGCCAUGGGCUGCAAUGUGACAGCUGCUCCACCUCCACAGAGUGCCCCCUCUGCCCAGAACAGACCAUGGACCAGCAGCUCUCAUGAGCCGAUGGCAGCUCAGCCCAUCUGAACACUGAUUCCCGACAACAAGUCAACCCUGAAUCUGGAGAGACCAGCCUGGUGUCAAUCUUCAGUCGCAU